GUAGCCUACUAAGGCGACUAGACGUUGCAAUUCUAUAACAGGUCUUGUAUACUAACUGGAGCGUGCAAGUCUUCCGGUCCUUAUAAAUAACAUAGAGCCAUAGUAUAGACCGCAUAAACUCAUGGGGAGGUCUAAGGCGACAUUAUGGAUGCUAUAUCUCAAUACCAUGGGAGCUUGAUAGCUUUUGAAGGGCCUCAAGAUGCCAUAUCAACUCAGCUCCGACUGCUUCCGAGCUCACCUAAUAUCUUGAUCAUCCCACCACUCCAACAAUUCAUGAAGGAAGAGAACCCGGAAACAUCCUUCCAUGCCCAGUCGCAUAUUCUAGCGGUACACAACGCAUGUAGUGACAGAGCCGAAGUAGCACGGUCAUUCUUACAAAACUCUACACCAAGGAAUAAGCGACUGGUAUUCAUGAACGGGGGUACGGCGAGCGCCCAGAUGGAAUGUGUUUCCGACAUCAGCAAGCACUUGACAGGCGGGGAUUUUGCUAAAGCCGAACGUAUCUUCAACAGGCUUGUUAGAAACGGAGCCUCUGGACUACAGAGUCGUUAUACAACCAAUGUAGAUUUUGAGACGUCGCGAAUCAUCCCUGCCAGGCCACAGCCGAGCGACCGAGAUGGAGAGAUAGCUAGCGAUCCGGCAUCCGAGGCUAUGAGAGCUGCCGAUGCACUCGACCUCCAGACUGCCUCCUUGCAACCCAGUAAUGAGAUUGAUCUUACGAAUACAACUCGGUCCCGAAGCACGAGUGUACCGACCUAUCGGGUGGUCGACGACUUCCAAAACGCAACCCCUUUCUAUGUCUUCGGGGUUCGCAAAUGGAAAGGGGGGAAUACUCGCAACUCGGAUCCUCCCCAGACUCCUCGUCGCAGCCAUACUAUCACAGACUCACGGAAGACUACUCGGCAAGCCUUGGAGCCGGCCGGGUCGCAAACGAAUGAACUGGACAACCAACCAGGAUCUCCAGGUAGUCCGGAAGAGGAGCAUCCUAAAAGUAAUUUGUCCCCUGCGAGUUUGGACUUGAGCAGCCCGCGAUCUUUCAAGCUUGAGUCGAUCCCAAACACACCAUCAAUAUGUGAAGCAUUUGCCGUCCAAGUUCGGUCUUCUGCCACGACCGCUUGCCAUAAGAAGGUCAAGCCUGUUGAUCGGAUCUACUCCAGCACCAUACGCAACCAAGACAUUCUACUAUGCAGUUUUCCAGAGCCGCCCCGGUCGAGGCCGCAAAGUCUGGAUGUAAGUCUAGGGGUCCGCCAGGACAAGACAACACCUCGAUCCAAGUUCACGACCGAAAUUCCUAGACCUACUUUCAGCACACCGAAUAGGUCUAUGGUUAGACGAAACCCUCCCUCCCCUCUUAGGCUUCAGAAAGGGCGGCUACGGCCGGCGACUUACGUUGAUCGCGGUACAAAUCCAAGGAAUGGCUAUGUGGAUAGGGGUACGGCUACGGAGUCGAAACCAGCCGGUGGGAUUUCCAAGUCUGAUACAAGGGAUUCCAUAUCUCUCUAUAUUGAAACUCCUGCUGAAGCCGACCCCCAUGAGACUUACGAGCCAAUUUUACCUAUGGUCGAAAACCUGGUAAUAUUCUUCAAGUCUGAGAAGAAUGAUCCUCGGCUGGAGGCAACGAUUCAAUCUUUCAGGGAGGGCAAAUACCCUAUAUCUAAACCGCCGCCAGAACCUGAAGCAGAAAGGACUAGUCAUCAAUCAAGCCCUUCAAGCCAACAAGAUCCGGAACUUACGGCCCCUGACAACAAGAGACAUAGCCGUGUCCAACAUGCAGAAGUGGUACCGGCUUGUCACAUGGACUCCGAUGACUACGACCCCUUCGCGUACGAGAAAUACCCCCAGCCAUCCCGUGUCUGGCCCUUCAAGCCAGACUUAAACAACCACAGACCUUCCACUCCACCAACCCCCGCCCAGACACCACCCCUAGCCAUAGGAAAACUAGACAAGUGCUUCCACGACCUCACAACAACAGACUGCCGAACAGCAGUGUGCAUGCAGAACUCGCUCCGCUCCAUCCUCAACAUCUACUUCCCGCCCGAGGACGCCGGCUACCACCAAUUCAACUUCCCGCUGCUCCCCGAGCUCAGCAGCCUCUGGAAGCCCGUCUUUCGGGAAGCAGACUCGGGCACGGUUGUGCAGCGGAAGCGGAAAGUCGAUCUUAUCCUCGGUAUUGGGGCGCAGCGGGGUGUUGAUAAGGAGUUCCUCGGGGCGAUUAGCGGUUCUUUGGAGAAGCUGGGCACGAAGCCGAAUGGUGUUAGUCGGAGCGGGAGGUUGGAUUUGAGGUUCCUCAUCGCAAACGCCAUGCAAGCCUUCACCGCACAACCCCUAACCAACCAAACCCAAGACAACCCCUUUUCCAACCCUCUCCUCCUAGCCACGCUGAUCAUCCCUCACCUCGAGACGUACAUGGCCGCGCACUCCGCAACACGCUUCCUCCUCCUCGAGUACCCCCCCGAACACCUAUCCACUGUCCUAGCCCUGCAACGCUUAGUCGGCGUCGACCUGCUCAAAGUAGCCGGAAUCCUAUACUCGGCAGACCCCUCGCCGCAGCAGCCGUACCCCGGCUUCCAAGUCCCGCCCCGAACAGCGACGCACCCGCGCACCGACUCCGGGCCCGACAUCCUGCGCAGCACCACGCGAUCCGGGGCCACGCUUCUAGCCCCGACGCGCCCCAGGCACCGCGAGACGCCGUCGUUUGCCAAGGCCAAUUUCCUGCUUACGUCCUCGGCGAACGAGUCCGAGAUCGCGACGCUGAUCUCGACGAUCUGGAAGAUCCUGAUUGAUAUCUCGGCGUUUUAUAUCCCGGAGGGCGUGGCGUCGUCGAGGGCUUCGAUGCAUGCUGAGCGGGAUGCUAAGAGGGAGGGGAAUUCGCAUUUGCAUUCUCAUAGCCAGGGGAGGCCGUUGGCUCAGACGCCGUUGAUAAAUACUUUGCAACAGCCUGCUUCGUUGGCUAAUGCCUCAGCUAUCAUGGGAUUCCGGCGGCAGUGUGUUGGUGACGAUGAUACUCCGCCGGAGUACAACUCAGGCAUCGUAUACACCGACACCAACCCACCCCCUCCACCGCCCAAGCACCGCCCUUCUCCAUCAACCCCAACCUCAUCCCCAUCUCCAUCUCCAUCCCCAUCCCCAUCCUCCCCAGCCCCAACCCCUCCAUCUCCCCUCCAAGCACCCCUCCCCCAACCCCCUCCACCACCACCACCACCACCACCCCCCUCCGAAACCAAAACCCCCCAUCCCAAACCCGUCAAAUCCUCCAAAGGCUCCGUAACUUCGACCCGAACCACCCGAACCACCCGUAGCCAGCGGAACAAGCUCCGAAGCAUCCUAGGGCGGGAGCCGGAUACUAGUAACGGCGGUAUAGACGAGGAUAAGGAUAAGGACAAGGACGAGGUAUGGGAGUGGGAAUCCUGCUGGGACGAAGAGGACGUGCGGCUCGCGGCCGAGGCGCGCAAGUACAUGCCGCUGUACGGACGGCGGGGCGGGCCGCGCAAGGGGAGCAGUCGGAAGGCGUUGAAGUGGCUCGGGUUAGCUACAUAAGGGUUUUUCCCCCCCUCCUUCUUCCUUGUUUUCUCUUGGCUUGGAUGUUGGGAUAGUUCUUUCGGUUCGGUUCUAUACAUGUACGGCUCUCGGGGUUGGUUGGUUCUGAUGGUACUGUACUGCGGUAUCUACGUCUACCUCCCCAUGUAUGUGGUUAUAUUUCUUGGGUAUUGGUUUUGUUGCAUUGUACUGUACUAUAUUAUAUUAGGACCACGAUGUCUGUAUCUGAGUAGGAGGUGGUUGGUAGUAUUUUCCAGCGUUGUAUGGGGAAAAGGGGUUAACUCGAUGGCUCGGGACGGUGACGAUACAGGAAGAUUUACGAUUCGAUGCUUUCUUGGAGGGUAGCCUCUAUUCUUUUAUAUGUAUGUGCUUCUAUCUAGGACAUAUAUAGUAGUUAGUCAAAGUCAGUUAGAC